UUUAUCUUGGGUCAGUUAGUUUACAAAUACACAGGAUGCAGAGCUAGUGGUCCGGAAACUAGUAACUUUAGCUAGAUAAUGUACGCGGUUCUAUGAUGAGUUGGACACCGGCCAGAGACAGGGAGAAGUAUGGCGUUGCCAUCUAUAACUUCAGUGGUAUUAAUGAGGCCUGCAUCAAGCUCAAUGUUGGCAACACAGUUCAAAUUCUGGAGGAGCUUGGGGGCUGGUUCUUUGGGUACACACUCGACAACAAGGCCCUCCGAGGGGUGUUCCCCAAGUCAUAUAUACAGGUACGAGACUGUAUUGUGGACAAAUCUGGCCCAGUGGAGGUAGUGACAGCUCGCCUCCCACCCAUUGUACAAGAAGUCACAGCUGUGCUACGAGAAUGGGGGGUGCUAUUACGAAAGCUUUAUGUGGAGAGGAGCAAAGAGUUCACACUGUUACGAGACACCAUGACGGAGCUCAUAGUACAUCGUAGUAAGAUCUUGUGUGGUCAGUUGCCUGGAGAUGAACUCAAGCAGCUUAAGCAUCGCAUCACACUUGGAAUUGACAGAGUGAAUGCUAAGUUGGGGCUUGAUUUAGUUGUACGGGAUGAAAAUGGAAACAUUCUCAAUCCUGAUAUUACCUCAGCUGUCAAGCUGUUCCGACACCAUGAUGAAGCUGCUGCACAACUACGCAAGCAUGAAUCCUCACAUGGACGAGCCCCAUCAGUGCGCAGAAAAUCGCACUUGGCAUGGACAGCCUUAGUAGCAAUAAAAAAUAUUAUUAUUAAGGUUCCUGAGCCCUCCGAGAUUUCAUUAGGGUUGUACAUUGGAGAUCCUCGAGAAGGCAGAGAAAAGCCACUUACUGAAGCUUUCAUCAUCCCUUGGACUGAUGAAGGGUACAAUAGCCAUCCGGAUUUACUUCUCAAAUUAAAGUGUCUGUUUACGGAUUUGAGCACAGCAACCCUUGAUGACAAUCAGGUGUGGCUGAUUGGUUCAGUGGUUCGCUUAGGGUCAAUGGCCAGUAAAGAAGUAGACCCUCGCAGGGUCUCGUCAAUGAUGGGCAAGAAGUCCAUCUAUACUAAUGACUCGAUGAGAAGACCAUUUGGUGUUUUAAUGAUGGAUAUUACACCGCUGAUCACGAAACAAAGAAGCAUCACGGUGCCUGCAAAUGGCACACAGGACGAAGACCAUUUUGCCACAUUCUACCCGUGUGGUGAGAAGGAGACACUGGAUAUGAAGAAACUACUGUCGCGUGAUGUGGUGCGAGACAACAAGACGGGAUUUCAGGGGAUCUGGUUUACGUUUCAACUAAUUAACGGAGAUAUAAAACAGCUUCAAGAGGACAAUCCACACUAUGUUGCACUUCGGGACGUUCCUGUAGCUCUUCGCUUGGGUCUCUCCGACGUGAUCAUGCCUGGAGAUGUGCGCAAUGACCUGUAUGUCACUCUGUUAUCUGGGGAAUUCUCAAGAGGAGCCAAGACCUGUGACCGCAAUGUUGAAGUUACUGUCAGAAUUUGCAAUGAGAGAGGAGAAGUUAUACCAGGUGUGAUACAUCAAGGGUGCGGCCAAGGACCACUUGAUGAGUACCAUUCUGUUACUUACCAUCAUGAGGGAAAGCCAAGAUGGGCAGAAACUUUCAAGAUUACACUUCCUAUUGAAGAGUUCAAAAAGGCACAUAUUAAGUUCACCUUCAGACACAGAUCUACAAAUGAUGUGAAGGACAAAAAUGAAAAGCCUUUCUCUAUGUCCUUUGUGAAGCUGAUGCAAAGUAAUGGGACAACUUUACUGAACACAGAGCAUGAAUUGAUUGUGUACAAGAUCGAUGGAAAGAAAUGGAAUGAUGGAGACAGUAACUACCUGAGUCUUCCCUGGAGACGAAUUAAUGGGGAGGAAAUAGUCAAGUCGUGGAAUCAUGGGGUGGCUCCAUCAUUAAAGGACUCCUUCACUAUAUCCACCACUUUCUGUUCAACCAAACUCACACAAAAUGCUGAACUCCUUAGGCUGCUGGAAUGGGGUUGGAGUGGGUCUCAGGACAAGCAAACACUGCUCUCCUGUCUUCAGGGUCUUCGCCGGGUCCCCCCCGAGGAACUGAUGGUUUUCCUGCAGGACACACUGGAUGUACUCCUGGAAAUCCUCAUGAAUAACACCACAGAUGAUGAGAGUGACAACUACGUGUUCGAGGCGCUGAUAUAUGUCAUCACCAUAGCAACAGACAAGAACAAACAUGAAGCAUUCCAGCCCGUUCUAGACUCUUACAUCCAGCAAAACUUCCACGCUACCCUCGCCUACAACAAGUUGAUCCAUGUUCUAAAGGACUAUGUUAGAGAGGGACAGAAUACAAAACGACAAGAGACUUUGAAGAAAGCCAUGAAGUGCCUUCAGUAUGUCUUCAAGUUCAUCACACGCUCCAGACAGCUCUUUGUUGAGUUAUAUGGGCGUGGACAGGAAGAAUUUGAAAAGAGUUUACAGCAACUGUUGGAGGAAAUGGCUCUUAUGAUGAAGCACACUGUGGACACCACCCUCACUGUCCAGGCUCACUGCCUCAAGUACAUCACCACCACCAUCCCUGACAUCAUAACUAACUUUGAUCCUAUCAUUAUGAGCGAAAUCUUGGUGAAGAUGAUUGACAACCUAGAACCAAGACGGAUCCCAAAGCAGAAGUUGAUGACAAUGAACGAAAUAAUUCACAGUGAACUCUUCAAGAUCCCAGACUGUCGGCGCGUAUUACUCCCGUCCUUCAUUGUUAUUAUUCGUAGUUUGUUGGACGCCAAUGAGGAGGCAGCAGAUUAUGAGGUUGUAAUGAGAAAAGAGAGAAAUAUCGAGAAGCUAAAAAGAAUGCUGGAUUUCGACAGUCUCGCCCACUUGCCUGAAGCUCGCAACAUGACGGAGGAGCUGGAAUUAUGUGUGAAAAUUCUGGGAGACAUUCUGGAUGUACUGUUUUCAUCUGAUGUGGGACCAACCAUUGAAGAUAUAAGUUUGCUGUCCUUCAAAAUGUUGGAAGCUAUUCUGUCCACCAUCUGCAGGAUGACCCGAGAUGACCCACUUAUUUGUAAAUUUGUGAGUGCGCUGGUUUCCCUCCUGCGGCAAAUGACCGAACGGCAUUAUAAGAACUUCUUGAACAAGUUUCAAACCUCAGAUCAACUUUGCAUCUUCUUACUAGACCUCCUCUUGGUUGUGGAGAACCUCGUGAAAGUACCAGUUUUUCCAUCAGAUUGGGCAGAGAUGAUCCUCCUUCAGAACAGCGUAAUUGUGACAGUACUAAAACAGUGUUCACGAGUAAUUUGUGAAAGACUCCUCGACCCUUUCAAAGAACCCGUAUGGUGUAAAUUCUUUCAUUGUGCCAUCAGUUUCAUCACUCAGCCAUCUUUGCAACUGGAGGAUUUCACACAGAGCAAGAGAAAUAAAAUAAUUAGCAGAUACCGUGAUAUGCGUCGAGAUACUUCCUUAGAUAUCAAGAGUUUAUGGUUCAGUUUAGGCCAGCACAAGAUACGAUUUGUAGCAGCAACAGAUGGUAGGCAGUCCAUGGUUGGUCCAUUCCUUAAGAUGACAAUGUUGCCUGACGUGGAGCUUCGUAAAGGUACCAUACCCAUCUUCUUUGACAUGAUGCAGUGUGAGUUUUAUUCAUCACGAGAUCAAGGGAAAGAUCUGCCUCCAGACAUGGCUCGUAAUAACCAGAAGAAUAAGGGGAAGUUUAAUGAGUUUGAGAAUGAAAUGCUUGAGAAAUUAGACCAGCUUGUGGAAAGUGGUCAUGGAGACGAACACUACCGUCAGGUGUUCCAGAACAUCAUCGGUGCACUGUAUGAAGACCAUGCAACUAUGAGGGAACCCGGCCGCAAGUUUGUCAGCACUGUUACUAGACUGAUGGAUCGACUUUUACAAUACCGUACCAUCAUGAACACUCCUGACAACUCGGCAGAAACACGCAUGAGUUGUAUUGUUAAUCUCUUGGAUUUCUACUCUGAAAUAAAUAGAAAGGAACUUUACCUCCGAUAUGUUUACAAGUUGUCUGAACUUCACCUGGCUUGUGACAACUACACCGAGGCCGGCUAUACCCUGCGACAGCAUGCCGAUCUCUUGCGCUGGUCCUCAGACCCUCUCUCUGUAGCACUCCGAUCACCUCAUUACCUCAACAUUGAUCGUCACGACGAGCUUAAGGAAAAGCUGUACGAGGAGAUUAUUAGCUACUUUGACAAGGGAAAGAUGUGGGAGGAUGCAGUCAAACUGUGUAAAGAGUUGGUGAAGCAUUAUGAGGAAGUGAUCGUCAAUUACGUCAAGCUAUCCGACCUCCUGAACCGUAUGGCUGGCUUCUAUAGAAAUAUAAUGAAUCCACAGAACCUUCGUCCCGAGUCAGAGUAUUUCAGGGUAGCUUAUUAUGGACGAGGAUUCCCGGCUUUUCUUCAGAAUAAGGUGUUUGUUUACCGGGGAAAUGGGUUUGAGCGGUUAGCCGACUUUACCUCACGGAUUCUGGAUCAGUUUCCUAAUGCUGAGCUAAUGAAGAAGCUGACACCUCCAAGUGAUGAGGUCAAGGAGUCACCACAGCAGUUCCUGCAGAUCAGUAAAGUUGACUGUGCAGUACAGGGUCAAAAGCUCUUGUCUACUGCCGUCGCAGAGCAAAUACGGAGUUACUAUCGAGCAAACCACGUCAAGGUCUUUACUUACUCUCGUCCCUUCCAUCGUGGACAGAAGGAUCCUACAAAUGAGUUUGCCACAUUGUGCAUUGAGAAAACAACACUAACAACCUCAUACUCCUUACCUGGAAUCCUUCGGUGCUUCCCAGUUAUUAAGACUAGAUCAAUAGAACUGUCGCCCCUAGAGAAUGCCGUAGAAACUAUGUCCACCGCUAACACAGAAGUGUACGACCUGGUCAAGAAGUAUUCUCGAGACUCCACCCUACUACUACAUCCACUCACGAGAAAAGUUUCAGGCAUGGUUGAUGCUGCUGUCAUGGGUGGCAUUGUAAAUUAUGAAAAGGCAUUCUUGACUCCCGAGUACAUUGCGAGUCACCCCAACGAUGAAGAGAAACUGGACAACUUGCGCCACCUAAUCGCUGCUCAGAUACCAAUUUUAGAAGCUGCUCUCUCCAUUCAUGCUAACCGUGUGACUGAGCCCGUUGCUGGGCUUCAUGAGCACAUGGUGACGUCGUUUAGUAAGAUGAAGGCACAAGUACAAGACAAGUAUGGGGAAGCUGAGAUGCCAGAGGACUUAAAAAUUCAGAUUCGUCCAUUGAGGCUUCAGUCUCAGCUGAGUGUCAACAGUGAUCAGGCAUCACGUUCCUCCCACCUGUACAGUAAUCAUGAUAGUGUAGAAGCGGACGGCAUGGAGCUGGGGUCCCCAAGAGAGGAAUCUCGGAAUGACAAGCCCCGCAUGAGCUUCACCCGUGGCCUGCAUGCUAUCUCCUCUGAACUUAUAUUUAUGGGUAUGUCAUUAUCAAACUCCCAGUCAUCCCUCUCAAGAUUAAGCACCUCAGGAAAAGGUUACCCUGGCACCCUGCCUCGGCAACAUAAGAUCUCUUCAACUAUUGGGAAUGGAACAUCUACAAAGUCAUCCAAGGAGAAGAAGAGUUUCAGCCGGUUGCUGCGUCGCGAGAGCUUCUCUUCCCAGCGUGAAUCAUCAACUCAGUGGUUUGAUCGGUCAGAGCCCCAUGCGGUGCCACCUCAGCCAAUCAUUGAAUUGACUGAGCAGGUAACAGUUCCACUGACACCUGAACGCCCAAAGAGAAUAGAUGCAGAGAGAGAUAGAUAUCUAACACGGCCACGCUCCCUCACCAUUAGUUCGUCACACUCAGUGACUCCCUCACCAUCAAUAGGUUCCCGAGAGAGCCUCAUGAGUACACCGACUGGUUCAGUGUGUGAGGAGGAGGCUCCACCGCCAUUGCCUGUAAAGUUGCGUGACCAAGAUGGUGACAGCGCAUCUGUCAGGUUAAGCGCCUUGUCUCUGGUUGCCCCCAAGCCUGUAUUUGCCUUUCCCCCGGAUCUAUCUCCUGAACCCCCACGGAAGCCACCGCGACCUGACAAGAAUCACAAUCAUGAAGAUCCUUCCCUAUUAUGAGAGUGUAGACAACUUACAAUGUUAACAGACAAUGUAGAAAUUUAACAAGUACCAGGAUGUGUUUAAUGAAAAGGCCAAGAAUUAGAGGUCUGAAUGUAUCGAGGAUAUGCUGAAGCAGCGUGCGAAGAAAGAGACUAUUAGGGAGAUGACAUACAGUACAGUAAUUGCAUGUUUGGAAGGUCAAGUGAUAGUUGAGCUAAGACUACCGGGCACUUCUACCAGCAGGAGAAUCUGUGUUGCAGUAGGGUAAUGAUUCUUUAAAGUUAGUUGGCCAUGAUUCUGUAACAGUUAAUUUGUUUUUCAAAGAUAAUUACAGUAUUCAAUAUUUAUAAAACAAUAAUAAAUAUAAAAUGAGAGCGAAGCAAAAGUGACCACAAGGUAUUAUUUUAUUGUGAUGGGUGAUAAUGUAUACUACUGAGAAAAUUAAUGUUUCUUAUGCAUGAAUUUUGUUUGGUAAUGAGUUCUUGGUUAUAUCCCAUGAGUAAUAUAUCAUUUUCAUUAGAGUUAAGGACAGAGUGAUACUACAGUUCAGUGUAGAAUAUUAACCUUAUCCCUAAUAUGAGUUUCUUUAUAUAAUCUAAUUUACUCUUUAUGACGAUGGAAAUGAGAAGAAAUGAUGUCAGUGAAGUACAGUUAUUUCUUGGCAUUGACAUCAUAAUGCCUGAAAAGAACUUGCUGGUAGUGUACAGUAAUGUAAUUGAAUCCUCUGUGAUGAUAUAAUCUUUUGAGUACAUUAUUGAAAGGUUCAUGGUAAUUGUAUUAAAAAGGUUAAGUCAUUGUACUCAAGGGGUUAAGUCAUCAUAUUCAAGGGGUUAAUAAACACAAAAUUCAAUUGAUCAAAUCUGGAUAUACAUUUCUGUGAGUGGGAAUUUCUGCUCAUGCUCAUUCAUAUGUAUAUAUUUUAUUUGUGUUUGUGUGUUUAUAAUGUUUUGCUGUUAUUAAUGAAUUUUAUAUAUUCUGCACUACAGGUAUUUUUUUUUUUUUACUUAGGUUUAAUAUUUGUAGUUUAGUAACACACACAAUUGUAUGUAUGUGUGUGUGUAUACCAUUCAGGAAUAUGAAAAUCAUCAAAGGAUCUGUUUAUUAAGGAUGAUUCGUUAUUUAUGUUUUCCCUAAGAGCUUUAUCUACAGUAUAUAAUGAUCAACGUCUGUCUACCUUACUCCAGUCCCAUCUUAAGAGGAUAAAUUAGGUGACAGAAUAUAAGGACCUUGAAAGCUCAGAUAAGUCCAUUCUUCCUCAACUUCUAAGGAAUCAAAAUGAAUCAGGACUGCUACACUGCCUGAGUUUUUCAUAGAUGAUUCAUUCUAGUAAUGUACAGUACAGUAUUAAUUCAGCGAUUUUGUGUAUAAGUCUUUGUCAUAUCAUUUGAAUUUAGAUUUCUGCCCUGUAAAGAGCUCUAGUAUUAUGCAAUAUUUCAUUUUACAGUUUGAUUUAAUUAUACAAAUGAUGGUUGUACCGUAAUAAUAAAAUAAUUACCCGAAGUUUAUCGAGGUUGAUGGACAUAAAGAGAUUAGACUCUUUUUAAUGUCAUUUGCCUGAUACUAGUGACAUGUAGAAGACCUGCUCCCACGGUGGGGUUCACUUAAGAAUGUAGAGAAAGUAAUGAAUUAGAGCAUUUCCGUCACAUGUCAUGUAGACGAUGUACUUUCUGAUCUAUAGUCAUGAGUUGUUUAAGAAUGAGGCUACUACAUUGUAAUACCACACACACACACACACACACCUUACUUAUAUAGUUCACCAAGAAGUCUUUCAUAUAUAUAUCAACACAUAAGAUACUAAACUCUGAUAUUUUUGAGUAACUUUGUUAUUAAAUUCCAGAGUUAUGAUAUAAAGGUGCCAUUAUAACUUCCCUGUGGUUUAAUGUUUUAUACUAACCAAUCAGGAUGAAGUGAAGUUAUUGUUUACUAAUUAUUUGUUGUACACAGAUGUUCAUAUGAAAUUAGCCAAAGAGAGUGUCCACUUUGUUUGUAGAAGAGAUUUGCAUAAGUUUUACAUGAAGAUAAAGUUGUUGACUUUUGUACUAUAUGUAUAUAUUGCUUCUGGUACCCGGUGGAAUAAACUUUAUUGGUAUCUCACAAACAUCAUGGGAUUGAGCCGGGCGGAGUUAAUCAUUGGAUGUCUCAUUGCUGUGUUGUGGUGAGUUGUUUCAAGGAAUCUAUCUAAUGCUUCCACUGAUGUGGUAUGGUUGACUGUCAUGUAGGACUCGGUGAAACUUAUUCUAAAGGUGUUUUAUGUUCAAGGUAGUAACAGUCUUCUUAAACACUUUACAAAUAUAAUACCUUAUUCAUGAUUUCUUAAGGUAAUGUUUUGGGACCAACUUGAGGCUUGAAUGGCUGAUCUUGCUGUGAUGGAUUGGAUGAUGUGAGUCAUAUGUUUUAUUUUUUUACUCAUUCCAGUUAAGGAAUUAAGUGGUGGUUCUUGAGUUCAUUGAGCAAUACUGUACUCUUACCUGCACACUUAGUGGUUAUAUCAGCCUUGAAAGUUGUAUUUAGCUUUAUUAGAUCAUAUACCAUUAAAAAAUAUAAUUUAAUACAUUCCUAUUUGGACAGUCUUUGCUAUAAUUGUAAUACAAUUCACAAAUUAAUGAUUUCUGCUGUAUUGUAAGGUUGUUUUGUGGUGAUUUUCUUUUUCUCCACAGUAUCAGUUAAUGAGCAAUAAAAUAAAUAUGAGGGGGGUCAUGUUAAAGGGUAAAAUUCAGAUUCUUUACAGGUGAGUUUAAUUGGUGUAAUGUAACGUGAGAAUAAAAUUAAUUACUAGAUGUUAAUGAAAAGCAGUACUGUACUACCAUGUGUUUAGGUCACAAUUCAAAGGUAAAUUAUUAGAGUUGAAAUGAUAAAAAAGAGAAAACCUUGAAGACUGAUAAACAUAAGAUCCACAUAUUCAUUCCUUCAGAUAAAAUGCCAGUAAACAUUCAAAAUUUGGUACUGAUAAUUUUUAGGUGAUUUUACUAUACAUUACAGAUUGCAUUGUUGAAAUUCAGUAAUUUUUGUUUUUACUCUCUACAGAAUUUUUUAGUUUUCUUCUCCAUCCAUUUCUAACUACCAAAUUUCAGCCAUGUACGAAUUGAAACAUGUUACUGAUGAAUCAAGAGCUAGAGUUUGUUAGGAUUUGUUUUAGAGCUUAUUGUCCUGUCCAUAUUUAAUUCACAAUUUUUCUUCAUUCAGUCAGUCAUCUGUCAUAUGUCAGCCAAGGGUAUUGUCAUCCUUGGUCAGAUAUAAAAUGGACAGUUUCUUCAUAGACUUUAGCUUUCAUCAUUGGUUAAACAUGCUCCAAACCUGUCAGCCUUCUGUAGUUGAUUUGAAAACAUGACUGUGUCUUGGGUUAAUCUCCUUAUCUUUAUCUCUGUAUGUAUGAUGAUCCUCUCUUCUGUGUUUCACUUUAUAACUAAUGUACUGUACUUCUCAAAAAUCAUGAACCAAAACAGCUUGAAACAUGAUUUUAGAAGAGGAUUACUUAAUAGUUUAAAAGGCCUUGAUACAGUACCUAAUUGACCAUGCUGUAAGGAGUAUGAACCAUGGUGGAAUCUUUGCCAACAGGAGCCAUGUGUAUGGAAAUGUCACUACAGCAUACUACCCCACCCCCCCCCACCACCACCAUGCUCCUAUUAGAGUAAUAUCACAUAAACAGACAUAAGAAAAAUCAAAAUUCCAAGCCAUAUUUGCAGUUUGCCAUACUUUGACAAUUAUAAUAAUGUUAACUCUUGAUUUCUUGUACUAUAUUUAGAAGAGGAUUUCUGUCAUGAGAGAGAAGUAAGCUUAAAAGUUAUGACCAUAGAAGAAAGGAAUUCAAUACAGUAUGUUUAUAAAUUAUUGUUGAUGUGAUGUAAUUUAUGUGUUUACUUGUACUGUGCAGUGAGUUACCCCCUACCCCCGUUUUGACAGUCAUCACCUCAAUAUGUUCAAGUAUGUCAUCUUUGUUAACUGUAACAGCAAAAGGACAGAGAGUUUGGUGUUUAGUGUUAAUUUAUUGGUUUGGUAGAUGUCCAAUAAUAAAUGAGUGUUGUUUGCCAUAAAGUGAAAUGUGAUUUUUUUUAAUAAUAGUGUUGUUUCCAUUAAGUCAUUUUGGUGUCUUUUUGUAGUAUUCAAUACAUUUUGUCACAAAGUAUGUCAUUUGCACUCUUGAAAUAAUACACAUACUACUCAUAUAAGGUCACAAGUUUAAGCCUUCAACGUUUUGCUAUCAUGCCUUAAUGCCAUAAACUAUUUUAUUUUUCCCUUUCAUUUUGAAAUCAGUUGGCAAGCUGUGAUAAUAAAAUUUUCCAUUAUGGUUUACUCUUGUCAUUGGUCAUGAAAGCCAGUGCUGGAUGUUGUGGAGACUAACUGAUUGUUGAGAAACUGUGAAUUAAUUUUUUUUAGAUUGAAUUGAGACACAAUCUUGUAGAAGGUAAUUUUUCAUACAUUUUUAAUUUGUAUACAAGUGGAAUGGGUAGGUGAAACUUUUUUAUUAGAAGUUAUUGCUUCAUAUAGCAUGUACAGUACUGUACAUUGCCAAGGUUCACUUGUUAGAUUUGCAUUGCAGUAUUAGUAUUUUGUCAGUUUUCUAGUUUGGUUUACAAAAUAAAUGAGAACUUGAGAUUUAAAAUCUCAUAAGUUUACUUAAUAUUUUUCAGCAAAUGAUAGUUGUAAAUGGUGCAUGACAUUGAUGACCAGAAUUUUUGUAGAAUAAGUACAAAGGCUAUGAAGCUGCACAAACUAAGAGUGCCAUAGAAUAUUUUUUAGGGGAGAGGAGGGUUUGUAUUUUUGUAUGGUGCUGUAUGACCAAAGGAGAUGUGUUUGUGUGGCUGGUGGAACACACUGUUGGUCAUGAUAUAGAAAGCCUGAAGGAUGAUCACUGUACAUCAAUUACUCCAUUAUUACAGAUCAUAGUAAUCAGAAACUUCAUUAUAUAUAACAUUUAUUGCUACAGUUUUUUAGGCAUGCCAAAUGUAAACAUAGAAUCAAAUUUUAUUACCCAGAAUAAUGAUGUUUCUGGUUUAUUUUGGUUCUGGGUGAUGUAGGCAUUGAGUGUUCCAAUACAGGUUCCUUCAGCCAGUAGGGAAUUAAGGUUAACUUGUAUAAAUGAAAAUACUUUAUCUCGUAUCUUCUGUUAAAUAGAAUUACUGUAUAUCAUUUAUGAGUUUGAUGCUGUUGUUUUGAGAUACACUUGUCUUAUUCAGUUAAAUAUUUGACAUUAUAAAGAGUGGUGUGUUCCCAGACUUUUUAAUAAAUGUUUUCCUUAAAUUGAACACUUAAGAAAAUGGAUUUAAAACUUUUCAAGAUUUACACAUUGUGGAAUAUUUGGUACACUGUUAAGUCUCGUUGCUGUAUAAAGAAAGACAUUGGUGCACAUUGUAAGUCUUGGCAGUGUCCAUUGUCAAAGGUUAACGAUGAACACUGGAAGCCUUACCUCUGUGUCUAGUCACUAUAAGGAGCUUGGAGGUACAAGCUUUAUGUUCUGGUCACACUAAGCUAGAUUUAAAUGUGCAACAGUCAUUACAUAGAAUUAAGGGAACUAGAUGAAGCCGUGGCUGGUGAUCUGUUCCAUAAAUGCCUCAUUGGCUUAACAGUAGGUAAUGCUGCCUGUCAAAAGUUACCAUAUGCUCGUGUUACUUGAGGUUAUUAUGACAUUACAGUUUUUUUUUCCAGUGAUUUUUACCUCAUGCACACCAGAUACCAGUUCAUCAAGUUUAUGUUACAGUAUAUGAUUUGUGAGUGAUUUUUUCAGUAUUUGUUCUUGAAUGAGAUAAAAUACUCAUGUAAUUAUUAUACAGUUUACAUUAUGCUGACAAUAAUGAAAAAAUAUAAAUGUGUUUUUUUCAUCUUAAGGUAAUCUUUAUGACCUGGUCUUGAUGUAAUCUUGUCUUUCAAAUAAUGGUACUGUACUUAUGCCUGUGAUGCAUAAAACAAUCAGAUUUACAAUGGUAAGAUCCACAUGUUUACCUAAGUGUUUUAACUGCUUCUACCAUGUAACUAUAAUUUGAUAAUAUACAUUUGCUUGUAA